AUGUCUAAGGCCGCAAAAGGUGGUGCUGGUGGUGUUGAGCAGGUGGUGAGGCUCAUUGUCGGUGCCGGCCAGGCCAGCCCGAGUCCCCCGGUCGGUCCGGCCCUUGGUUCCAAGGGUAUCAAGUCCAUGGACUUUUGCAAGGAGUUCAACGCCAGAACCGCCCACAUUAUCACCGGUACCCCGAUGCCCGUCCGUGUUACCGUCAGGCCCGACCGCACCUUCCACUUCGAUGUCCGCACCCCUCACACAUCAUGGCUUUUGCUCAACGCCGCCGAAGCCCCGAUAGGCAAGGGCGGCAAGAGAAAGGGCGCGCAGAACCCGGGCAAGGAGGUCGUCGGCACCGUCAGCCUUAAGCACGUCUACGAGAUCGCCAAGAUCAAGCAGUCCGAGCUCCGUCUCUCCGGCUUGCCCCUCGAGGGUCUCUGCAGGGCGGUCAUCUACCAGGCCAAGUCGAUCGGAGUCAACGUCAUUCCUUGA